AUGCUGUCUCCACAGUUGCUCCACAAAAUCUUAGGAGCAGCUUUUUUCCUGCUCCCGUGCUGUGUUCAGGGUAAAACAGCAGGAAUUCCUCCACAGCCUGGUUUUGCACACUUGCCUGAAGAUGGGAUAGAUGAAGGCUUUAUACCAGGUUUCCUACCACUGGUUGAUUAUGAAACAGAAGACAUUAUCCAUCAAUUAGAACAUCGGAUUUCCAGACUUGAAGGAGUCCUCCGCUUGGAGAAGAUGAUAACAGCAUCUGGAGGGAAAGUAUUUGCUACCAAUGGGAAAAAAGCUGACUUCCAUACUACGCUGAAAAAAUGCCAAGAGGCUGGAGGGUCUAUUGCCACUCCAAGGAACCCGGGUGAGAAUGAUGCCAUUCUGUACUUUGUGAAAUUUUUUAAUACCUACGCCUACCUGGGUAUAAAAGAAUCUCUGAUUCCAAGCAAAUUCCAGUUCCUGGAUGGCACACAACUGAGUUAUACUAACUGGCAUUUAAAUGAACCUUCCGGCAAAGGGGAAGAAGAAUGUGUGGAGAUGUACACUGACGGCACUUGGAAUGACAAAAGAUGCAACCAGAAUCGCCUUAUUGUCUGUCAGUUUUAG